AUGAUGCCUGUCCCAUCUUUCUGGACAGUCAUCUUGCACAUGAACAUUAUAACGGAUUUUCAAGUGAGUGGCUUCACAGUAGUAAAGGAGGUGCUGACCCUGGCCAUAGACUGCAUGCUAUGGCCUAUCCUGCACUACCAGUCAGGUGUGACAUUCGACGAUGGGCCCUGGCAGGCCUAUAAACGGGUCAAUGAACUUUUCGCCGAUCAAAUCGCCGAUGCUGCUGAUACCGGGAAAUUGGUCUGGGUUCAUGAUUACCACCUGAUGCUUCUCCCGGAAUUGUUACGCUCCCGACUAGAGCAGCAGGGCAAGUCUUGCGCAAUUGGAUUCUCAUUGCACACACCAUUCCCGGCCGGUGACUUUUGGAGGGCCCUUCCUGUUCGCAAGCAUCUGAUUGAGGGCUUGCUAGCCAGUGAUCUGAUUGGCUUUCAUACGGAUGAGUAUAAGCAAAAUUUCAUCGAGACUUGUGGGAAUUUGCUCAACGCCCGCACGGAAAUUCAAAACCAAAUACAGUAUAAGAACCGGCUGGUCUGUAUCGGCAAGUUCAUUGUUGGAAUUGAUCCGCAGAAGUUCACCGAUACAUUGAAAAACCCCGAGGUCGAGAAUAGGAUCAAGACGUUGAAGGAGAAGUAUAGGGGUAUGACUGUCAUUGUUGGUGUCGACCGGCUAGAUCACAUCAAAGGCCUCACGCAGAAAUUGAAAGGCUUUGAUUCCUUCCUAGAUGACCAUCCAGAGCUGCGGAACAAGGUAGUUCUCAUUCAGGUCGCAGUGCCCAGUCGUGAGGAUGUCAAGGAGUAUCAGGAAUUAGAAACCGAGCUAAGUACCUUGGCCGGCAAGAUCAACGGGAAACACUCCACGCCUGACGGGACUCCAUUGCUGUACAUGCAUCGAUCAGUCCCUUUCAAUGAACUGGCCGCACUAUACUCGAUCGCCGAUGCAUGUUUGCUCACUUCAACUCGCGAUGGAAUGAACCUGGUCUCUUUCGAAUAUGUGGCCUGUCAGGAGAAAAGGCAUGGAGUUCUCAUUCUAUCUGAGUUUGCUGGUGCUGCCUCGUUUAUGCGAGAGGGAAGCAUUUGUUUCCAUCCUGCUAACAAGACAGAAAUGUCCGAGGCAAUUUUCAAGGCCCUUACUUUGGAUCCUGAAGAACGCCAGUCGAAAUUCGAGAAACUUCAAAAAUUCGUCCAUACGUACACCAGGUAG